UUUUCGAUGCCUGGCACAAUGAAAACUGUUCUAUUGCUAGUCGUUCUGCUCACUCUCGUAUACCUAGGCACUUCGACCGAGGCAAAGGUCAAUCUCAGCCAAUUGCAGAGUUGCCGGCGCAAAGUUCGAGCCAAUUGCAGACCGAAUGCCAAAAUAUGUGUACGCGUCGCACGUAGCAAUCUGUGUCAACUGAGGAGUUACGGCUGCAAGCAAAGGUUGGCCGAUUGCAGGGCAGCAGCCAACGACAAUAAUUCGCUGGCUACAGCAAUUUAUCAAAGAGUGAACAGAAAACUGUGCUCCGGCAACCGAAUCAAUCAAAGUUUGCCCUGUGCCAACACCAACACCAACACCAACAACAACAACAAUAACAACUGGAAUACUCCAAUAAUUUAUGCAUGAAAUGUGUGCAAGGGAAAAUUUCAUAUGCGCUUCGCAUUUGCAUGUGUGCGAGAAACGGUAAAGUUGAUUGACUCACAUCUUGAAUAAUUUAUGCCAUCAA